UGGCCAACUUUGUAGUCAUGCCACUGCCACAGACAUAGCUAUAAAUCUUCUGAUAGGUCCCACGUCGAAUCCAGCACAGCAAUGGACACAUCUACCAUCGCUAUACCCUCUCCAUCGAGUCUCUGGGCAACUGUACGUUCGGUUGGAGCCCUCAAUGUCGCUGGUUCAUUUGUUGCACUAUGGGCUUUUGUCAAAGUCCUAAAAGCGCUUCGUUGGCGAUUGAAAACAACUCAACUGCGCGGUCCACCUCGUACCAGCUUCGUAUAUGGCGUUUCGCACGACCUCCGCUCGUCUCGUGAUAAUGGUGCAAUGUAUGAACAUUGGGCGGAGGAAUAUGGGGCAGUGUAUAUGAUUCCGAGCGUCCUCGGACAAACUAGAAUCGUGCUGUGUGACCCAAGAGCUAUAGCACAUUUUUAUGCCCGCGAGACAUGGACCUAUGUGCAGACGUCCCUUACGUUGGCAACUCUAGAGGCAUCAAUUGGCAGAGGGCUACUAUGGUCUGAGGGUGAAAACCACAGGAGGCAGCGGAAGGCCCUUACCCCAGCUUUCAGUAAUACGGCUAUUCGAAAACUCACACCAGUCUUUUAUGACUCAGCAUACAAGGCCAAAGGUGCAUGGGAUACCGUUAUAGAAUCGAGCAAAGAUGGAAAGGCUGUUAUUGAAGUUCAAAACUGGAUGAAUCAUAUAUCUCUGGAUACGAUUGGCAUUGCUGGUUUCUCACAUGAUUUUGGCUCUCUCGAUGGCAAGCGCGCCAGUCUGACCGAAGUGUUUGAUACUUUCGGAAAUAACCCACAGGCGUCAGCAGUGAACCAAGCUUUAAUACUUCUUGCAUCAGUGUUUCCUAUCAUUACCAAGAUCCCCACUAAGCGGACGAAUCUGAGCAGGAAACUGAGCGAAGCCAUGGGAGAAAUAUCGAACGACUUGUUGAUUCGCAGUCGCCGGGAAAAGGAUGUGAAUAUGAGCGAGAGAGACGAGGAAAAGUCCAUCAUUGGAUUGUUGCUCAAAUCCGAAGGCCAGGAUGCCGAGCUUCAUAUGUCAGGGGAGGAAGUAGUGGCGCAGAUGAAGGUCUUGCUUAUCGCGGGUUAUGAAACGACAUCUAUCAGUCUUACGUGGGCGCUGAUCGAACUAUCGCAACACCCCGAUACCCAAACCAGACUCAGGGAGGAACUACUUGCAUUUGGUGCUGAUCCGACAUAUGACCAAUUAAAGGCCAAUCUCCCAUACUUGGAUGGGGUUGUCCAUGAAAUUCUACGACUCCAUCCUCCGGUGCCCGGGUUUGUUCGUGUUGCAGCCGCAGAUGACGUUAUUCCCUUGAGCGAACCUGUGCGCAGCGCAUCGGGGGAAAUGACGGACAAUAUCUCUGUAGCGAAGGGGACAUUAAUCACGAUAUCAGCCGCGGCGAUCAAUCGCUCUUUGGCCAUCUGGGGACCUGACGCAAAGCAAUUCAAGCCUGAACGUUGGCUGGCUGAAGAGGGCAUCAGUGGGAAGGCCAAGGAAGUCCAAGGUCAUAGACAUCUACUGACAUUCGUCGACGGCCCGAGGACGUGUCUUGGAAAAGAUUUUGCUAUUGCGGAAUUCAAGGCGGUUUUAUUGGUUCUGGUGAAGAACUUCGUGUUUGAAAUGCGGGAUGGACCGGACACCGAGGUCGAGGUUUGGAGGGGGAUCUUACCUCGUCCGCGGGUUGUUGGAGAGGAUGGUAUUGGAGUACCUUUGAAAGUUCGUCGGUAUGAAUGAUUUGGCUACGCUGCACUAGCUCUUGGAUAGUAUAUUGUAUUUGGAUCAGACGAGGUAUGUGUACUUUGUAUUGCAAUAUGUAUUAUAGUUCUGUCACGUGACUACACCUCUAUAGUCCAGGCUUUUGAUACGAGACAGCAGCUGAGCAGGACAUUCAUCGUUUCCCUCCAGGCGUUGGAAGCCCAUUGUGCCAAUAGCAGUGGUAAAAUCAGAGACAGGAACAGAGACAGGAUCUCG